UCCAAGAAAAGCAGAAAAUCACUGACAAAAAAAAAACAUUUCUUUCCGUAAACAAUUUAAAAUUCACAGUGUAAGUAAGUUUUUUUACCACACAAAUGGAAAAUCAAGAAAAUGAACCCAAUAAAGACAACAGUUUACCCUCCGUCACUCCUACGUCAAACGACGAGUGGUCCCGUAAGAUGGUCAAAGCAAAACUGCUGGAACAUGGCUACCGGAUAGGUAAAGUAAUCGGCGAGGGUUCCUACUCGAAGGUUUACUACUCGGAACAUCGCCUCCAGGGUGACCAUCUACAGCAGCAGCAGCAGUUUCCCGAACGGAGUGCCUGCAAGAUAAUCGACCGGAAGCAGAGCACGAUGGAGUACUCGCAGUUUCUGCCUCGGGAAAUCAAAACGAUGACCGCCUUGUCCCAUCCGAACAUCGUGGCCGUCCAUUCGGUGUUUGAGUUUGGUCCGUACGUUUGCAUCUUCAUGGAUUACUGCCGCUGUGGAGACUUGCUGCAGCGAAUCCUUCAGCGGGGAAAAUUGUCCCAAGCUAAGGCCCGGAACUUCUUCCGACAGUUGGUCAGUGCCGUUCGGUACAUGCACUGCCAGGGAUUUUGCCAUCGGGACAUCAAGUGUGAAAAUGUCCUGCUGUCAGGACCGGCCCACUUGAAGCUGUCGGAUUUCACCUUCGCCAAGCAGUGCCCCGCGGAGGAGGCCUCCAAGCAGCUGAGCAAAACCUUCUGCGGCUCGGUGGCCUAUGCAGCGCCGGAGAUUCUCAAAGGCAUCCUCUACGACCCAAAACGGUACGACAUGUGGUCGCUGGGGUGUGUCCUCUUCGUGAUGGUCACCGGGACGAUGCCAUUCGACGAGACGAACGUGCCGGAAACGAUCCAUCGCCAGGAGACCAAGCAGUACUUUUAUCCGGAGGGUGUCAAGCUGAAUCCGACGUUGCUCGAGCUGAUUGACAGCCUCAUUGAGCCGGACGUGGAGCGCAGGGCCACCGUCGAGCAGGUCGUCGAAUGCUUGUGGCUUAAGGAGCAGGAUGCGUGAGCGGUUUGAUGAAUUUGGACUUUUCGUAAUUUUGAAAUUAAAGCUUGUCAGCGAGAACCCUAGUAGGGGAAGAAGUUUU